GCCAGGACAUUUCAGCGCUGUGACCUAUGCAGACAAUUAAUGGGCUGUAUGGGACAAUGGAGGUAGGUUGCACACGGGCUCUUGAGAGGAUCAAUAAUGCAGCACACUGCUCUGAGGAAGAGGACGAGGAGGCAUCAGAGAUGCCUGCACAUUCAGUCGACGCGUUGAAACAGAGACUUGAGGCAGAGACAGCUGUCAAGCAAGCUGGGAGAAUGCUCGCACGCUUGGGCCGUAUCUCAACUGCACCAGCUCCAACAAUCUUUGACAGCAUACAAGCAAACAACAAACCUCCUUCACUGGACCUUGGAUUGAAACCAACCAUUCCAGAGAUGUCGACUUUCGGGAAGGCGGAGAGCAUUGAUGCCUCUAGCCAAGGGGGAGCUAAAUCGGACCAGCCGUCCAGGUGGGAGAGCGAGUCCUUCUCUUCAGAGCAGGUUCCUGAGACAAAACACUCCCCAUCCUUUGGUACGGGGAGUGUUUGUGCUCACGGAAGUCCUCAACACUCCUUACUUGUGUCAAGUGCAAGUUUUGCCCGGACUGAAGGGAAAUAUAAACUGCCUUCGUCUGAUGCUUCUGUCUCUACAGCAUCAAAAGCCCCUCAGGAAAGGGAUUCUGCUGAGAAUGUUGAAGUUGGGGUACCCGCUGGCAACAGGCCAACACAUAAUAUUAGUGGUGGCCUUUCAUUGCCAAUCCCUAAAAAGGACAGCUGGGAUGGCUUUCCUGUGUCAAAUAUUUUCAGGAGUGGCUCCGACGCAAGUGGCAUUGGUGAUGAGGGCGGUCAUGAUGGGCAUAAACGCCACUCAUCUGAAGGCGGGCUUCAUUUGCCGUUUCUACGACCCUCGGGGAAGAGGCUUGGUGAUUAUCCCCCCUCUGAGAGGACUGACUUUGAAGAACCAGGCACAAGCGAUUAUCCCCCCUCUGAAUGGGUCUCACUUAGAUUAGGAAAGCAAAAUAUGGUGCGGAAGUCAAGUGGCAAGAUGUCAAGUGCACAGACUCAAGUAAUGGGCAGUGCCAACUCAGCUGCAGGGGAGGAAGGGCAGGUGAAGAACACUGGGCAGAUUGCCUCUGGUCCGUGGAGUGGCUCAGUGGAAGAAGCUAGAGAAGAUGGAAAAUCUGCCAAGGGUGGUAUGGAAUCAGCACCUUAUGGGGUCACCGUGUCAGGCACAAGAAUCGAGACAACUGUUCCUGUUGCUGGUACUCAGUCCUCAGCAACUCCCUCAAGCCAUUCUGGUGGAAUGUCCCCUUUCGCUAUGUCUGGUAAAACCAAUUCGUGCCCUAGUGGCAAUGAAGCUGCAGCAAGGCCAGUAUUGCCUGAUGGUGAAUCUCCUUCUGAAGAGAAUGUAGCUGGUCAUGAUGCAAAUGUGCCUUUAAAAGUAUUGACGACGCCUUCAGCAAAGCCAGUCCCACAAGGACAUCUACUCCCAACUGCAGCUCCUGCAGUUGCUGAUGGAGCCACGGGCCCUCCUCAGCCACCUUCCCUUAGGUCUGAUGGACUGCCCUUGGGUGGUGCUUCAGUCCCUCAUCACCUAACCCCUUCAUACUCGCGCCCAGAUGUAAAAGAAAGUGGCACAUUUGAAACCAAUCCGUGCCCUAGUGGCAAGGAAGCUGCAGCAAGGCCAGUAUUGCCUGAUGUUGCUGAAGAGAAUGUAGCUGGUCAUGAUGCGAAUGUGCCUUUAAAAGUAUUGACGACACCUCCAGCGAAGCCAGUCUCACAAUCACAUCCGCUCCCAGCUGCAGCUCCUGGAGUUGCUGAUGGAGCCACGGGUCCUCCUCAGCCACCUUCCCCGAGGUCUGAUGGACUGCCCUUCGAUGGUGCUUCAGUACCUCAUCUCCUAACCCCUCCAUUCUCGCGCCCAGAUAUAAAAGAAAGUGGCUCAUUUCGCCCAGAGGCAACUAAUUCUGAAGGACCUGUGCAAUCACCAGAUUAUAACCUGAGGAACAUCUACUGGACAAAGGUUAACAGAAUUAGCGGGACCAUAUGGGAGGACCUUAGUAAGGAGCACGAACUUCUUGCACUUAUUGCAUUUAGCAAGCAACGGCGGGAUGCACUACAUUAUUUAUUCAAAGUGAAGCAGCGUAAAUCUCCAGCGGUCACAAGCACGAAAUCACAGGCUACAGUGCAGUUGGUGACAAUUACAAGGGCAAACAAUGUGGCAAUCAUGCUAACACAAUUUAAGAUGCCAUUUGAGAAGAUCAAGAACGCUGUUCUCAGUGGGGAAGUUGAAGGGGUGUUCACACUUGACAAAUUGAAACUGUUGCUGCAGGUUUUACCGACAGAGGAGGAGAUACCUUUGUGCCUUGCUUUCAAGGGUGAUCCGUGUACUCUCUGUCUUGCAGAGCAGUUCCUUUAUACUAUGUCCAGAGUCACAAGGCUUCGUCAAAAGAUAGAGGUUCUUAUCUUUAUACGACAGUUUGAAUUGGUAGUGGAGGAGUUAACAGACGCUCUGGUACUGUUGUAUGAUGCUUGUGUUCUGGUUCGGAAGAGCCAUCUCUUCAAGGCAGUUUUGAUUGUGACGCUGGCUGCUGGCAAUGAACUUAACUCUGGGUCAGCCAGAGGUAAUGCGAUUGCGAUAAAAUUUGACACUAUCUUGAAGCUUGGUGAACUGAAGGUUACACCUCCACCAAUUCAUAGCCCCAAAGCAAAACCAGCACCAUUUCUAGGCAAGCGGGGGGGUGGCAAUCCUCCGCCCACACAAGCGAAACCUCCGCCCAAGAAAGAGGAAGUGGACGAGUUUGGGCUCCCAAUCCCAACUGGGCCAAUGAGGAGGGCACGCACUCUCCUCGACUAUGUCGCAGCAAUCUUGAUUGACGCUCACCUUCUGGACGAUGAUAAGUGCUUAACAAGGGAAUUGGCAAAAGUUGGACCAGCAUCGAAGUACUUGCAGGUACAUCGAAGACGAAGCUGGAGCGAUGGCGUCACAGGUAAGCUUUCAGAGGAGGAGAUCAGCGAAGAUACGGCCUUUCUGUCCACCGUGGUGCAACUUGAAGGGAGUCACGUCGAUCGUCGGAUGCAACGCAGUGUUGUAAGCGAAAUCGAUGUAGGGGAGGCGGUCAACCCAAUCCUUCCUGUCCGCACGGAUGAGCGUACGAAGCAUCAUUUGAGCGGUUUGAUGUGCCCGCUCCGUUUGCCCGUCCGUUUGUGGAUGCGGAGCCAAACUCGGUUUCAUUUCGGUGCCGGAUUCUUGCAUGAGAGAAGUCCAAAAUGCCGACACGAAACGAGUGUCGAGGUCGCUAACGAUAUCUUCCAGAACGCCAUGGCUGCAAAUCCAGCCGGUGUGCAAGAGGCGGGCAAGCUCGGGAGCCGUGGCGUUGUACUUGCAAGGAAGAAAAUGCGCGUAUUUACUUUAUCGGCCAACGACCGUGAGGAUGUUGUCGUGCCCGAGGUGGUCGCGGGGAAACAGGACGGUGACGUGCAUAGCAAUGGAGAGGUUGGGUUCCCGUGGGAUAGGCAACGGGCGCAACUCGCCGUAGGGAUUGCCGUUGCGGGGCUUGCUUCUUUGUCAAACUUCGCAAGAGUCGCAAUACCUAGUGACAUCGGUAAUGAGGUCGGGCGGCCGGAAUCGUCGUCGAAGUCUUGUGAUUGUUCGGUUGACUCCGAAGUGUCUGGCGAGUUGCGAGUCAUGGUACUCUCCGAGGAGGCGAGUUUGGAGGCGACGGUCUUGUGGGACGCAUAAUUAGUGAAGAAGGAGAAAUUGGAGGAACAGGUUUUUGUUGCCUAUGUUUGGCCAGCAACUGAGCCUUCGGAAGAAAAGUCGAUGGACCCUGCGAUCGCCAAGCUGCUGGAAGAGUUUGAGGAUUUAACUGAGCCGUCGACAGGCACGGUGCCGCGGCCCAUCCAGCACCGUAUCGAGAUAGAGCCUGGCAGUAGAACUCCUAAGGGUGCUGUGUAUAGGAUGUCCCCACGGGAGUUAGAGGAGCUUCGCAAGCAAUUAGACGAGCUCGUCGAGAAGGGUUGGAUAAGGCCCAGUUCGUCUCCUUUUGGAGCGCCUGUUCUCUUUGUUCCUAAGAAAGAGAAAGAGCUAAGAAUGUGUAUAGACUAUAGGGGUCUGAAUGCUAUUACAGUGAGGAAUGCUGAGCCACUGCCUAGGAUAGAUGAUCUCAUAGAUCGAGUGCAGGGGGCGAAGUAUUUCUCCAAGAUAGAUUUGAAGUCCGUAUAUCAUCAGAUAGAAGUGCAUCCUAAUGAUCAGUAUAAGACCGCCUUUCGAACUAGAUAUGGGCACUAUGAGUUCAUAGUGAUGCCCUUUGGACUAACCAAUGCGCCAGCUACGUUCCAGCGUUGUAUGAACGAUUUGUUUAGGCAUUGGUUAGACAGAUUCAUCGUAGUUUACUUAGACGACAUCCUAGUGUUUAGCAAGACCCUCGAGGAGCACCAGGGUCAUCUUAGGCAGGUCUUGGAGAAGCUGAGGGAAGCCAACUUCAAGAUCAAUGCAAAGAAGUGCGAUUGGGCAGAGACCCAAGUUUUAUACCUAGGCCACGUCUUAGACGGAGACGGCGUCAAACCAGAGGAUUGUAAGACCACAGCCAUUAGAGAUUGGCCCAUGCCACGUACGCUGACGGAGUUGCGCUCGGUCCUGGGCUUAGCUAACUACUACAGGAAGUUCGUGAGGAACUUCUCCACCAUCGCUGCGCCCCUUCGUAGAUUGUUGAGGAAAGAGACCAUCUGGAAGUGGGACAAGGACUGCACGUCUGCCAUGAAGAAAUUAAAGCAGGCGUUGAUAGAGCACCUGGUCCUUAAGGUAGCCGACCCGUCCUUGCCCUUUGUCGUCACUACGGAUGCUAGCCAGUACGGCAUAGGCGCGGUGUUGCAGCAAGACGAUGGCAACGGUUAUAGACCCGUAGAGUUCAUGUCCGCCAGGAUGCCUUCAGAAAAGGUCGCGACAUCUACCUAUGAGAGGGAACUCUACGCUCUCAGGCAAGCCUUAGAACAUUGGAAGCACUACUUGCUUGGGAGGCACUUCAAAGUCUAUUCCGAUCAUGAGACGUUGAGAUGGUUAAAGACGCAGGCCAAGAUGACACCUAAGCUUACUAGGUGGGCCGCAGAGAUAGAUCAGUAUGACUUUGAGCUCAARCCAGYCAAGGGAAAGUAUAACGUAGUUGCGGAUGCUCUGAGUAGGAGAGCUGAUUACUUUGGGGCAAUAGUGCAUUACCUAGACAUAGGGAAGGACCUGCAGCAGAAGAUUAGAGAAGCCUAUGCGCAGGACCCUAUCUAUACGACGCCCCCUCCAUCGGACGAUUCCCAGGCAUCGCAAACACCUCCCACUGCCUCAUGCUCCUCUACCCUUCCUCCGGGUGCAUCCGCUAUCACCUUCUCCGAUGUUGUUGAGGAACAAGCCCGACACGAUCAGCUUGUCCGCCUAGGCAAGGAACAACGCCGCCUCAACACCAUCAUCUCCACCGCCAACUCAUCCCGUUUCCACCUCAAAUUCAUCGCUGCCACCCUAGGUGCGUCUACAACAAAGUUCUGGGCCCUCCUCGACAUUGGAGCCACCGGUAACUUCAUCACCGACGCGUGUGUCCGCAAAGCCGGUCUUACCUCUACCGGCUAUGACUCCCCGAUCACGAUUCGCCWAGGGGACAAAGACACCGCCGUCGUAGUAGACCGCACGGUUCCCGAGACCAUCAUGACCGUCGGAACCCUCCGCAGUCAGGUCUCGUUUGAUGUCAUGCACUUGAUGUGCGACAUCGUCUUAGGAACCCCGUGGCUGGACCGCUACAUGCCAUACGCAUUCCACCCCAACUUCCUUCGCCUCAUCAACCCCCCCGCCACAACCAUUGACAUCCCCUAUCUCCCAUAUUCGACCUCCCAAGGCUCUGUCACCCCGCACCAAUUCCUCCACAUGGCUCGCCUAAACCCUGACUCCGCCUACUACUGUCUUGUCCUUKAUCGCAAAAGUCCCAAGGAUUUACUCCCGACGGACAAACCCGAUCAAGCCCCGCCUGCCAACCCCGCCAUCACUUCAAUCCUCGACGAGUUCAGGGACGUCUUUCCCGAGUCCUUACCCGCUGGACUACCUCCGGAUCGUGGCGUAUCGCAUACCAUCGAUUUGGAACCCGGACAUUCUCCACCUUGCCGCCCUCCAUACCAACUCUCUGUCCCCGAAGCCGAAGAAAUGAAACGGCAACUCCGUGAACUCCUUGAAAAAGGGUUCAUUAAGCCAAGUUCAUCCCCCUUCGGAACCARCUGCCUUUUCGUCAAGAAAGGUGGAACUUCGGAACUCCGCAUGUGCACAGACUACCGCGCCUUUAACCGGAUCACGAUCAAGAACAAGUACCCCCUACCUCGGAUUUCUGAGCUCCUUGAUCGUCUUCGUGGAGCCAAGUACUUUACCAAGAUUGACCUUCGUAGUGGUUUCCACCAGAUCCGUAUCYGCGAGGAGGACACUCACAAGACCGCCUUCCGCUCUCGGUUCGGGCACUACGAGUUCCUCGUGAUGCCAUUCGGACUCACCAAUGCCCCCGCUACCUUCCAAUCCACCAUGAACCACAUCUUCCGCAACCUCCUCGAAGUUUGUGUCGUUGUCUACCUUGAUGACAUCCUUGUCUUCAGCCCCACCUUCGAGUCCCACCUUCAGCACCUCCGCCAAGUCCUCGCGAUCCUCYGAGAGCAAAAAUUCUACGCCAAGCUCAGCAAAUGUACGUUUGCCACUUCGAGCGUCGAAUACCUCAUACAUAUUGUCUCCGCUGAAGGCAUCCGUAUGGACCCCUCAAAGGUCACAACCCUCGUUGAGUACCCCCCACGAAAGACCCUCCUCCAACUCCGUUCCUUCCUUGGCCUUGCCAACUAUUACCGCCCGUUCAUUCGCAACUUUUUCGAGAUCUCGUACCCUCUCCACGAACUCACCCGCAAGGACGAGCCUUUCCAUUGGAACGAUCGCCGCCAACAAGCUUUCGACUUACUCAAGCAAACCAUCACCACGGCCCCUGUCCUCAAGAUCGCUGACCCCACUCGCCAUUUCUAUGUCACCACUGACGCCUCCGACUUCGCCAUCGGAGCCGUACCGUCCCAACAUUUCCCCCGCGACACCGCCGAGACCCCCCCCAUCAAGGACUCGUCCACUCACCUCGAGGCUCCACCUGGCGAAUACCCUAUCGCCUUCGCAAGCAAGAAGCUCCUUCCCGCGGAGAUGAAUUACCCCUCCAACGAGAAGGAACUCCUCGCCGUGAUUCACRCCCUCACARUCUGGCGCCCGUACCUCGACGGGCAAUACUUCACCAUCCGCACUGACAACACCAUCGUCUCCUCCAUCCUCUCCAAGAAAGAUAUCACUCCACGCCAAGCCCGCUGGCUAGACUUCCUUGCCCAUUGGUUCCGUCGUCUCCACCGGAUCAACAUUCCAUGCUUGGAGUGCGGCGGUAUGAGCGGCUUCCUGCUGCACGAGGACAGAUGCGGCAUCUCUUCGAGCUUUGUUAUGGUUGGCAGCUGCUUCAGCGUGCUGCCGGCGCCGUUGCUCCGCAUCGCGUGCAAUGGCAUUGAGGUGUGCCGUUCCGGCUGCCGCCUCGCGUUGUUGUUCCCCUUGUACUCGUUGCAUGUAGGUGCCCAGGCGGGCCAGGAAGGCCAUCAUGUUCUCUCCUUGCUGCCGGACUGGUGCAGUGUCGAGGGCUCCCAAAGGUGUCGCAGUGGAACCCACCUGCUGGACCUGUGGGACCAGGGGGUUCGAGCUGCACGCCUCGCGUGGACUGCCGGAUGCGGCAUUGUCCACCGUGGGGUUGCCCUGGGCGUCCAUUGCAGAGGGGUGGGGCAGGGGAAGCUGCUCUUCCGCUGCGGCUGCGCGCCCUUCACGUGCUGCGAUGCGUUUGCUGCGUCGGAGCAUAAGCUGCAGUUAGCUGUACAGUGUCGGCUGACGAGGUACUACCGACGUGGCACUGCUGCUGUCGUGGCACUGUUGAUGUGGCACUGCUGCUGCCGUGGCACUGCGGACUUGGCACUUACCAAAACGGGAAUGCAGGCAAAAGGGUUGGGUGGGAGGGAAAACGCAGGAAGGUGCGGAUGUGCUGGAGACGAAGCUGGAGCAAUGGCCACACAGGUAAGUCUCAGAUUAGUGAAGGAGAAAUUGGAGGAACAGGUUUUUGUUGCCUAUGUUAGGCCAGCAACUGAGUCUACGGAAGAAAAGCCGAUGGACCCUGCGAUUGCCAAGCUGCUGGAAGAGUUUGAGGAUUUAACUGAGCCGCCGACAGGCACGGUGCCGCGGCCCAUCCAGCACCGUAAUGAGAUAGAGCCUGGCAGUAGGACUCCUAAGGGCGCUGUAUAUAGGAUGUCCCCACGGGAGUUAGAGGAGCUUCGCAAGCAGUUAGACGAGCUCCUCGAGAAGGGUUGGAUUAGGCCCAGUUCGUCCCCUUUCGGAGCGCCUGUUCUCUUUGUUCCUAAGAAAGAGGGAGAGCUGAGAAUGUGCAUAGACUAUAGGGGUCUGAAUGCUAUUACAGUAAAGAAUGCUGAGCCACUGCCAAGGAUAGACGAUCUCUUAGAUCGAGUGCAGGGGCCCAAAUAUUUCUCUAAGGUAGAUUUAAAGUCUGGAUAUCAUCAAAUAGAGGUACAUCCUGAUGAUCAGUAUAAGACAGCUUUCCGGACUAGGUACGGGCAUUAUGAGUUUAUAAUGAUGCCCUUUGGACUAACCAACGCGCCAGCUACGUUCCAGCGCUGUAUGAAUGAUUUGUUUAGGCCAUGGUUAGACAAAUUUGUCGUAGUUUAUCUAGAUGACAUUCUCGUGUUUAGUAGGACCCUCAAAGAGCACCAGGGUCAUCUCAGGCAGGUCUUGGAGAAGCUGAGGGAAGCUAACUUUAAGAUCAAUGCAAAGAAGUGCGAUUGGGCGAAGACCCAAGUUUUGUAUUUAGGCCACGUCUUAGACGGAGAUGGCGUUAAGCCAGAGGAUAGCAAGAUCGCAGCGAUUAGAGAUUGGCCCACGCCACGUACGCUGACAGAGUUGCGCUCGUUCCUGGGCUUAGCUAAUUACUACAGGAAGUUCGUGAGGAACUUCUCCACCAUCGCUGCGCCCCUUCGCAGAUUGUUGAGGAAGGAGACCAUCUGGAAGUGGGAUAAGGACUGCACGUCUGCCAUGAAGAAGUUAAAGCAGGCAUUAAUAGAGUAUCCAGUCCUUAAACAAGACGAUGGCAAUGGCUAUAGACCCGUAGAGUUCAUGUCCGCCAGGAUGCCUUCAGAGAAGGUCGCGACAUCUACCUACGAAAGGGAACUCUACGCUCUCAGGCAAGCGUUAGACCACAAGAAGCACUACUUGCUUGGGAGGCACUUCAAAGUCUAUUCUGACCAUGAAACAUUACGAUGGUUAAAGACGCAGGCCAAGAUGACACCUAAGCUUACUAGGUGGGCCGCAGAGAUAGAUCAGUACGACUUUGAGCUCAACCCUGUCAAAGGGAAGUACAACGUAGUCGCGGAUGCUCUGAGUAGAAGAGCUGAUUAUUUUGGGGCAAUAGUACAUUACCUCGAUAUAGGAAAGGAUCUGCAGCAGCAGGUUAGAGAAGCCUACGCGCAGGACCCUAUCUAUGGUGAGCUCCUWAAGAAAGUCAAGGAGGCCCCAGAGACCGAGCUGAACUACCGCACUACUGAAGGGUUUCUUUUUGAGAAGACUAAUGUUUUUGACCGAUUGUGCAUCCCCGAUAGCGAAGAGAUCCGCAGUCUGAUCCUGGGAGAAUGCCAUGACACGGAGGGUCAUUUUGGUUGGCAAAAGACCUUAGCCAAUCUGAUGCGCGCGUAUACCUGGCCAGGGAUGAAGAAUGACUGCGUAGAGUAUGUUCGCAGUUGUAAGCAGAGCGAGUUAGUGAAUUCCCUGGCAUCGCUGCAGAAAGGGUUGGCACAUGCCCGUGAGGAGCAAGCAGCAGCAAUAGGUGCAUCCAGAGAUCAAUCCAGCGAUGAGGCCUUUGCGAACAAGAUUUCUGCUUUUCUGGAUAAAGCAGAUGCAAGAAGAAUGGCACUUGCCGAGGUGGCAGAAACAACAAGGUUGACUGUCCGAUCGCUGGCCAGUUAUCUCGGCGAGGAUCCAGACACAACCCCACCUGAGGACAUGCUUGGAAAAAUUUGGACAUUUGCACAGCAACUUGAUAGAUCACAGCGGAUUUUACUAUCAGAUAAAUGAGGGCAAAGCCUGAGUUGGGGUGGGAGAGUGAGAUCAUGGUUUCUGUCUCUGCCUCUGUUCCUGUGCCUACUUCUAUCCUCCCCUGUUUCCCAUCUCUGCCCCCCCCCCCCCCUUGGCCCACAGCCCCCCCUCUCUCUCUCUCUCUCUCUCUCUCUCUCUCUCUCUCCCCCUCGUCUCCCCCCUGUGUGUGUGCGUGUGUGCGAGGCACACGCUAGUGCACACAGAGGGAACGAUUUCUCAUGCUUGAUGAGGCAUCACACAAUGAGCUGAACAUCGAUGUUCAUGGGACAGAGCCAUAUAUCACUUUCUCUUUUGGAUUCCAGGUUGAGAAUUUGCUGUCAAUAAAGUGUCCUUUUUAAUCAAGUUACCGUGUAUUCUCUUUUCAAUCUCCCCCCAGGAAACUCCUGGUUCUUGUUGGCGCAUAGCCAUCUCUAUGUAGCCUGGUUCUUAUUGCAUGUCACUCUGUUGUAAUCUUGACAAGUUGAUAUCUGUUACACUUGUUAAAUGUUCUGUGAUGUGUGGGUGAUAAAUUUGCAGACCACUU